AAGAAGAAGAAGAAGGAGAAGAAGCACAAGAAGUGAAGAACGUAGAGAAUUUUUUCGUCUUAAUUCAGGAAUAAGAAAACCGCUCGGUCCUAUUGGUAAUUCUUGGGAUGAAGCCAAUUUUUCUCCAUUAAACAAAAUAGCAUAUUUACGUCUUGUUGGACCACGACCCCGACAUUUAACUGCUGAUUAUAAAAUGCAUAAUUGGUCACGAUAUGUUCCUAUGAGGGGUUGGAGAUAUUAAAAAAACAAUCAUGUCAUUUACAAAUUCUUCAACAAGUUUUAAUUCCGAUAAACUUAGUAGAUUAGAAAAUAGCGGAAUACACAGUUUAAGUUCUUCUGACUUAAAUUUAUCCACAUCUAGCACUGAUGCAUCUAUAAAUAAAGGUGUUUAUGGUAAAAUGGUAUUAAUUCCAGCUUCUAUGUAUCAAGCAACGAAGGAAUUUAUGAACCAGCAUCUAAAGUCUUUAGAAGAAAACUCAGUUGCAAAACAUAGAAAAUUUGCUCUACAAAAUGCACAUGAUCCUAAAUUAUACGCUUAUCAUUCUAUCAAAGCAAACGAAUACCAACAAGUGGCUGACAGUAAAAAUAUUUCAGAAAUUAUAGCAUCUAAAUUAACCAAUCCGAGUAUCCAGAGGAUAGAUAAUCAACUUAUUGCUAUUAAAGGAAAUAAAAAAUUGUCAAAAAAAGAUAUGAUUAGACAUUAUAAUCAUCUCUUAUAUAAAAAACAAAAUUUGAAACGUAUUCUGAUGCAAGAAGAAAGUGAUAAUUACAACCGAUAUUCUUCAAACCCUUUUACACCAAUUCCUCACACAAUGCCUCAAACUCCAGCAAGCAACACUUUGCAAGAUUUUUUAAAAACACACCCUAACAUAAUGACAUAUUCUAAAGAAAGAGGAUUAACUAUAGACGGUGAAGAAGUUUCAAAAGAUUCUCAUGCUUCUAUGAGAAUUUUGCAUUAUUUAACUAAAGAUAUAAGAGGUGCAGCACCUGCAGGAACAAAUGCUUUAAUGAAGGCGUUAAAAAAAAGAGGUUACGAUUUUAACAAUUUUGGCAAUAUUUACUUAAAAAAAGAAUUAAGCAAUAAGAAAGAUAAAACGCCAGAAAGAAAAGAAACAGAAAAGAAAAGUCAAGAAAAAUUUAAAGAAAA